AUGGCGACGAGCCCAGUGCUGCUCCUGCUUUCUGGCGUAUGGAUCGUUGCUUUUGUGCUGCAUAGAUACGUCGGGCUACGGGAGAUUGCGGGUCGCUGGUGGGCACGGAAAGCGUGCACCGCGAACUUGUACCCCUUUCGGUUUACCGUAGAGACCCAGGCGUGGAAUGCGUGGCCGCAAAAAACGCUCGCACACGCAACACGCAGCGGCGUCCCUGUGCACAUUGUACGUGCAUUUUACUGGAUAGGCGUAUAUUUUGCCGCAGCGCUGCUGUGUGGGGUGCUUCUGUUGAUGGGGGGCGUGUGUGUGCAGCUGUGGGCGCAUUUCUUUGCGCCCCAACCGGCCGCGCUCGUGCGCCGCAGCCAGGUGCAGGCCACGCCGCCAACGUGGAUUGUGCCGCUGGUACGUAUUUUUAUGAAGCUUAUGCAGAUUCCCGGAGUGACCUUGCCUGGCGUGCAGAUUGCGCCGCUUUUUUUUGCUGUACUGGCAAGCCAAGUCGCACAUGAGGCGGGGCAUGCACUGGUAGCGGCACUGUACCGCAUAAAACCACAGUCGAUGGGCCUCACGAUCCUGUAUCCAUUUUUGCCGAUCGCACAUGUUGCACUAGCCGGUACAGGACGUCUUACACGCAAAUCGCAACUGUGCAUCGUCGCCGCUGGCGUUUGGCACAAUGCAUGUAUAUGGACAUGCCUCGCGCUGUUCAUGCAACUUCCUCUAUCGAACAUUGUGUGGACGGACGCGAAUGGGCUGCUCAUCACGCACGCCGCUGGCUCUGCGCGCGGGUGGGCACAGCGCGGAGCCGUAAUUACACGCAUUGACGACUGGAACCUUGCCAGCGCUGCGCCCGAAUCGCGCUUCCGUGCUUGGGAUGCACUCCUGCGCGACGAAGCAAAGGACGUGGCAGGAUGGUGCGUCGGUGCACAGGUAUGGUUGACUGCGCCGUCCCAGUGCUGCUUGUGCCGCGAUUCCAAACAGGUAUGCUUUGCGGGCGAGGGCGAUGCAUGCUUGGAUCCGCUCACAGUAUUUCUCACGACAACGCCGCGGUGUACUGCGAGCAAAGCUUGCGAUGCGCAUCAUGUAUGCGUGCAUGCAGCCGCAAACGAGUCCAUUGCGCGCGUGACUGUUUUGGCCCAGCGCGACAGCGCGGAGUUUGUGCUGCGCGGCCCAUUUAGCGAACUGUCCGGUGAAGUGCGCCUCUCUGCGCAUGUGGUGCAGCCUUGGAUUCGUGUGUGGGGACGCGCCAUGGAGCGAAUUGUGACGCUAUUUUCCUCCAUCGUUGGAAAUACAUUUCGCGCCUUGUUGCUCGUGAAUGCGACGUUGUGUCUUGUGAAUAUGCUGCCGAUCUUUGGGUUCGACGGCGCAGUCUACGUUCGAAUUCUUUUGGUCGCUUGGUACGCACGCGGCUAUGACGAUGUGCCCGAUACGUUUACGGGCGAAGACGACAUCGAAGAGCAAGAUACCCAGCACCGUGCGUUGGUGUCCAAAGUCGAAAACACCAUGGGGGCAAUACAGGCAGUCACAUCAGGGCUUGCGCUUGUUGCAUUUGGCGGGAGUACGCUGUUGGCAUUCACAUAG